AUGAACGAGCAGGAAACAGUACCAGCGUACAUAGGAGUUAGAAAACGAAAAUGGGGAAAAUGGGUGUCUGAAAUUCGCCAGCCCGGUAAAAAAACCCGAAUAUGGUUAGGAAGCUAUGAAUCGGCUGAAAUGGCGGCAGCCGCCUACGACGUGGCGGCAUUGCACUUGAAAGGCUCCAAUGCGCGGCUCAACUUCCCGGAAUUGUCAAACAGUUUUCCCAAGCCAGUGAGUUCUAAUGCAGAGGAUGUUCAAUUGGCGGCUCAACAGGCUGCGAUGCGGUUUAAGAGGCCGGGACAGGAGGCUGAGGGUGGUGGCGUGGUACCUUUAAGGGUGGGGCUGUCGCCGAGUCAGAUUCAAGCUAUUAACGAGUCACCACUGGAAUCGCCUAAAAUGUGGAUGGAGUUGGAAUGUGCACUACUCGUGGGAGAGCCACAUGGAAGCAAUCAGCUGGAGGAACCUGGUGAUGAUGAUAUUGAUUACUAUUCCAUAUGGGAUUAG